AUGUCUGCCUUCACCACCUCCUUCACCGGCGUCAAGGUUGUCUCCAAGACGGUCGUCUCCAAGAAGUCCGUCCAAACCAAGGCGGUCGCGUCCUUCGACAACGUCAAGAAGGCCGCCGUCGUCGCGGCGACCACGUUCGCGCUCGCCUCCCCGGCGUUCGCGACCGAUCACGUCGUCAAGCUCGGCGGUGACAACGGCGAACUCGGCUUCUUCCCGUCUUCCCUCACCAUCUCCGCUGGUGACACCGUUGAAUUCGUGAACAACAAGGCGUUCCCGCACAACGUCGUCUUCGACGAAGACGACGUCCCGUCCGGCGUCAACGCCGACAAGCUCUCCCACGAGGACUACUUGAACGCCCCGGGUGAGAAGCGCAAGACCACCUUCAACGAGAAGGGCACCUACGGCUACUACUGCGAACCGCACCAAGGUGCGGGCAUGGCCGGUAAGAUCACCGUCAACUAA